AGACUGUAAACAAGAAUUCGAAAAUCAAUCACAUAAGUAAUUCUCAAUUUCGGAUUGUGCGCGCAGUUGCUUUUCAAGUUCGGCUUGCUAUUUCCUAAAUUGUGUUCAGAGCGGAGAGUGAGUCUAACUUUUUUGUUCAAAAUAUAAAGUUGAAAAUGGCUAGAAAAACAAAGAAGAAUCCAAAACUUAAUCCAAUUGCUCGAGCGGCCGCUCAAGAACAUGAACAAGAAUCAUAUGUGCCUGGCACUAUGCUCGACGCAUAUUUAUCCGGUUCUGAAGAUUCGGAGAAUAAUGCUACUGGUAAUGGCACAGAAAUUACCGAUGAACUUCCUUCCCUCAAUGAACAGGAACUAAAAAUUCUAAAUCCUGAACCUCAAAAGCCAGAGGGCGAAAAAGAAAAGACAGACGGUGCAAAACAAAAUGAUACAUCAGAUCAAAUUUCCAAAGAUGAAAAUGGCUAUGUCGACGAUUGUUUGUCAGAAAAACAACCUAUUGUAUUGGAUCAAGCUAAUUCAAGAAUGCAAACUAAAGCUGGAAUUAAAAGAAACAGUCCGAUGACUCGCUCCCAAAGAAAGUUAACUGCGGAAAAAGUAUCAAAACUCGAUCGUGAGAAUAAAAAAAAAACUGAUAAUAGUCCGUCAACUGGUCAAAUAAUACCUCAAAAAUUCGUCGCCGUUAAAGAUGAAGAUAAAAAAAAUAUAUUAAAAUCACAAAAUAAAACGAAAAAAGCAUCAACUCCUGAAAAUAAUAAUGGUGAUGGUUUGUUACCUACUCCACCAUUAAAACUUGAUAAUGUUAACGAAAAAGAUACUGUUAAUAGUCAAUUAAAUCGUCAGAGAGCACUUCAAAACGGUUUCGACGUUAACUCUAAAAAUCAAAUAAAUCCAUCUAAAUUACAAAAUAAAAUGAAAGAAGCAUCAACUCCUGAAAAUAUUAAUGGCAAUGGUUUGUUACCUACUCCAAAAUCCGAAAGUGUCAAAGGUAAAUCAAAACGGACAACCCCUUACAAUAAUGUUGCAAGAAAUACGAGGAGUUCAAAAAAGUUAACAGCUUCAGCGAAUGAAAACCAUUUGAACAAUAUCUCAUCACCUAUUGAAAAAAAUAUUUUGACUACUGAUAAAAAUAGUACUGAUCUAGAACCUAAAAUAAUUCCAAAAACUCAAAGUCCGAUUGAUAAAGUUUCCGUGAAAAAAGAAAAAAUCGAUGAAAAAGAAUUAGGUAAAGAAAAAAUUGAUGAAAAAGAAUUAGGGAAAGAAAACAUUAAGAACAAAAGAAAGGAAGAAGCUUUUUUCUCAACUCCGACCAUACCAAAAAAGGAAAUAAAUUCUUCCGAUGCACAAUUAAUUAUAGAUAUGCAAAAGCUCCACGUAAAAGAUGAUCAAGAUAAUAAAAGGAGGAGAUUGUCUCACUGUAUUGUAAUAAAUGAAGAAGUUACUGAGGAGGCACCACUCCGCCGGAGUGCUAGAAAUAAUAGACCAUCUCCUGAAGAAAUUAUGAAUGAAAUUAGACGUAAGGUUACUGAAAAUAUAGAAGAGGGAUUAGAGGUGGCUGAGUUUGGUGUCAAAGGAAAAGGAGUGGUGACCACUAAGGACUUUAGCAAGGGAGAAUUUGUUGUUGAAUAUCACGGUGAACUUAUUGAUAAUAACGAAGCUAAAAAGAGAGAAAAAAAAUAUUCUAAAAAUAAACGAAUCGGUUGUUACAUGUUUUAUUUUCAAUACAAAAAUUCCACAUUGUGCGUUGAUGCUACGAAGGAUACCGGCAGAUGCGGGCGACUUCUCAAUCAUUCACAAAAAAACAAGAAUCUCAAGCCCGAAGUGAUUGAAAUCAGAGGAAAACCUCACAUUAUCCUGUAUGCCUGUAAGGACAUUCCAGCCGGCACUGAACUUUUAUACGAUUACGGAGACAGAUCUAAAGAAUCUUUAGCACACUUUGCGUGGCUCCUGGAAUGAAUAUUUAACUUUUUGACUCAAUCGACGAAUUUAUUGUACAUACACGUCAAUGCACUGAAGCAACAUAACUCCAAAUAAUUUUAGCAUAUUUUUUUACUGUGAUUUUGACUUAUUUAGAUAUGCUUUUAGUUAAGAACUUUAAGAACAUGUCAUAGUAUCUUGAUAGGUCGUUGUGUAAUUUCGUUCCUCGACCGGAUGAACUAAAUAGUAACAAAAAAUUAAAUUAAAUCGUGCUUCAACGACG